AUGUCCGCUUCCAAGGCUAUCAAACACCACAAUACUAUGCCUGUUGCGAUCAGCGACAAUGGAAAAUACGUUGCUGUGGCCUAUGACCGCCACCUGGAGCUACAUAAAACGUCACAGGGACACAAUGUGCUCCGUUCCAUUCCCUUACAUGAUGCCAUAUGUGGCCACUUGAGAUUUCUCCAAUGGUCGGAUGAUACUACCCACAUUGGAAGCCACCGGCUGCUGUGCGGGAGUACCACGCAUAUCUCCGUUUUCGAUACUGAAAAUGAGAACUGGGUUGUCGAAAUCGAGACAGGAGACUGUUUUGCCCAUGCUGAAUUUACUACGAAGGCCGAUGGUAUCCUUUGCCUUUUAGAACUCGGGAUACAGCUCAUGAUCUUCGACCUCAAGACCGGCGAACAGCGUAUUGUCAGGGCCCCGAAAUUCUCCGGCCCAAAUGGCUACGACUUUCGCCCACGGUCUGGACAUUUGGCACUAAUUGCGAAGGUCGAUGGGCAGGAUGCCCUCGCCAUCCACAAUCCAGAGACCUUUGAGUGUGAAACUGCAAUAGUUCUACAGAUAACCGACGUUCAGGGGCUAAAGUGGAGUCCCAAUGGUGCCUGGAUAGCUUGCUGGGCCACAGCCCUUGCAGGAACGGCGGUAGCGAUCUAUACCGCGGACGGGAAAUAUUUCAGAACAUAUACUGGGCCUGAAAACGAAUUUGGGCUUGGGGUGAAGACUAUUGAAUGGAGCCCCGACUCUAGCCUUCUAGGUGUUGGAAAGCAAGGAGGAAUCGUUGAUCUAAUCAAUACAAAAACAUUUACUUUGGCGAUGGUUCUUGGGGACCCAUUGUCGGUUCCAAUUGACCGAAAAGUAUAUACAGAAGAAAACUCUGCUAUAUCAAAACGAGAAUAUACUGUCGCCCCCGAAUCUUCUGUUUUUCCAUUUACAUAUAACAUCCCCACCGAUACAAGGACUAUAUCGGCCAUAUCAUUCAGUCCAUCAGGUAACUUGAUCGCCACGGUAGAUCACGCUCUCCCGAACAUUUUGUGGAUAUGGUCAAUUCGAGAAUCCCCGCCGCGCCUCGCAGGGUCUCUUGUGCAAAAGUCAAAUAUUAAACAUCUUUUCUGGGGUGCCGAGCACCCCGAAAUGUUGUUCGCUACAAACGAUGAUGAUGUCGCAACUGUACAUGGGUGGUCCUGCGGAAGGCUGCCAGCGAUAGUUCAGAUACCACGCGCAAGCGGAGGGAGGUAUAGCGCUGCUAGGAUCAAAUCUGCCACGCAGGAUGGGGGUGAAUUGAUCUGGUUCGGUUGGCACAAUGGAUACGUUAUGGGAUACCUCUCCAUGGCUGGGCCAUCAGUGGAAUUUAGACAGGUCGAAGGCAUAGAUCAAGCAUAA